AUGUUUCACUCGUAUUUUUUUUUCUGUUUGCUACUCAUUCAUUAUCUUUAUUUUCUGUUCGUGCGUUUUAUGUCUAUUUGUUUUCCAAAUUCCGUGAUUGAAUCAGGUCUUGUUUUCGUCUGCCAAAGACAAGUCACUGCCUCUUGUUCAUUUUUCUUUGUAGACUUAACAAAGAAUGUAACAAGGCAUUUUUCUUCUCGUUAUUCUUUUCUUUUGUUCUUCUUUUCUGUUUUUCUUCUCGUUUUUCUUUUCUUCUUUUCUAUCUUUUUUCUCGUUUUUCUUUUCUUCUUUUCUAUUUUUCUUCUCAUUUUUCUUUUCUUCUUUUCUAUUUUUCUUCUCGUUUUUCUUUUCUAUUUUUCUUCUCGUUUUUCUUUUCUUCUUUUCUAUUUUUCUUCUCAUUUUUCUUUUCUUCUUUUCUAUUUUCUUGUUUUUCUUUUCAUCUUUUCUGUUUUUCUUCUCGUUUUUCUUUUCUUCUUUUCUAUUUUCUUGUUUUUCUUUUCAUCUUUUCUGUUUUUCUUCUCGUUUUUCUUUUCUUCUUUUCUAUUUUUCUUUUCGUUUUUCUUUUCUUCUUUUCUUCUUUUCUAUUUUAUUCUCGUUUUUCUUUUCUUCUUUUCUAUUUUCUUCUCGUUUUUCUUUUCUUCUUUCUUUUUUCUUCUCGUUUUUCUUUUUUUUUUUUCUUCUUUUCUAUUUUCUUCUCGUUUUUCUUUUCUUCUUUUCUAUUUUCUUCUCGUUUUUCUUUUCUUCUUUUCUUCUUUUCUAUUUUCUUCUCGUUUUUCUUUUCUUCUUUUUUAUUUUUCUUCACGUUUUUCUUUUCUUCUUUUUUAUUUUUCUUCACGUUUUUCUUUUCUUCUUUCUUCUCGUUUUUCUUUUCUUCUUUUCUUCUUUUCUAUUUUCUUCUCGUUUUUCUUUUCUUCUUUUUUAUUUUUCUUCACGUUUUUCUUUUCUUCUUUUUUUUAUUUUUUCUUCACGUUUUUUCUUUUCUUGUUUCUUCUCGUUUUUUUUUUCUUCUUUUCUUCUUUUCUAUUUUCUUCUCGUUUUUCUUUUCUACUUUUCUAUUUUCCUUCUUGUUUUUCUUUUCUUCUUUUCUAUUUUUCUUCUUGUUUUUCUUUUCUUCAUUCACGUUUGUCUUUACAUCUUUUUUCGUCUUUUUAUUCUCGUUUUUUUUUCUUCUCAUUUUUCAUUUCUUCUCGUUUUCAUUUAUUCUCUUUUUUAUGUAUUUUCGUUUUUUUAUUUAUUUCCGUUUUUUUUUUAUCUUUUUUUUCUUUUUUUCUUGGUUAUUUUCUUUUCUUGUUGGUUAUUUUUUUCCGUCUCGAUUUUUCUUUUUCCUUGGUUUUUACUUUCCUUCUCGUUUUUCCUUUCUUCAUUCUCAUUUUUUUCUUUUCUUUCUCGUUUCAUCUUUUCUUCUUGUUUUUUCUUUUCUUUCUUUUUUUCUUUUCUUCUAGUUUUUUUUUCUUUUUUCUCGUUUCUUUCUUUUUCGUUUUCUUUUCUUUUCGUUUUUAUUUUCUUCUUCUUUUUUUCAUUUCUUCUUGCUUUUUUUCAUUUUCCUCACGUUUUUUCUUUUAUUUAUGUUUUUUUCUUUUCUUCUUUUUCUUUGUUUUUCUCGUUUUUUCUGUACUUGUUUUUCUCUUUCGUUUUUCGUUUUCUUUUUUCGUUCUUGUUUUUCUUUUCUUCUUUCUCGUUUUACUUAUCGUAACAUUUUUCUUUACUUCACCUUCUUUUUCUUUUCUUCUCGUUUUUUCAUCUCGUUUUUUUCUUUCUCGUUUUACUCUUCUUUAUUGUUUCUCCUUUCUUUUCAAUUUUUCUUUUCUUCUCGUUUUCAUUUAUUCUCGUCUUUUUCUUUUUGUUUUUUCUUUUAUUCUCGUUUUUUAUCAUCGUUUUUUUUUCUCGUUUUUUCUUUUAUUAUCGUUUUUGGUUUUUCUCGUUAUUUUUCUUUUCCUCAUUUUCUUUUCUCGUUUUUUUUUCUUUUCUCCUCGUUUUUCCUUUAUUCUUACUUUUUUAUCGUUUUUUCUUUUCUUCAUUUUCUUUUCUUCUUUCUCUUUUUUCUUCUUACUCGUUUUUUCUUCUCAUUUUUUUUCUCGAUUUUCUUUUUCUCUUUUUCUUUUCUUCUUUUUAAUUUCCUCAUUUUUCUUUUCUUCUUUCUCGUUUUUUUCUCAUCUUAAUGUUUUUUCUUUUCUUCACGAUUUUUGUUUUCUUCUCGUUUUUUCCGUCUCUUUUUCUACUUUAUCAUUUUUCUUUUCUUAUUUCUCGCUUUUUCUUAUAUUAACGUUUUUUUUUCUUCCGUUUUUUUCGUCACGUUUUUCUUCUUCCUCGUUUUACUUUUCUUGUUUAUUAUUUUACCCUUUCUUCUCAUUUUUUCUUUUAUUCUCGUUUUCAUUUAUUCUCUUUUUUUCUCGUUUUUUUUCUUCUCGUUUUUCCUUUUUUUCUCGUUACUUUUCUUUUCCUCAUUUUCUUUUCUUGCGUUUAUUUUCUUCUUUCUCUUUUUUCUUUCACUCGUUUCAUCUUUCCUUGCCGUUUUUAUUUAUUGUAGAUUUUUCUUUCAUUCUCGUUUUUUCCUUUUCUUCUAGUUUUUCUUUUCUUCUUUCUCAUUUUCUUUCCUUCUCUACUUCAUAUCCUUCGCUCUUCUCUUCUUCUUUUUCACAAAUACUUUCUUUAUUUUCGGUAGCUGUCUUCUCUCUGCACAACAAUAUCAUUCUGCAGCAUUCAGUAUACAGUAUAUAUUUUACGAAACGUACUGGUGAUUUUCAAAGCAACGUGAUCAUUCUCCUAACAAGGACUGAUUCAUUUUCUUAUUAUUUAAUAUUUUUCAUUAUCAUAUUUCGGAUUCUCAAACAUUCCUCGGGAUUAUUUUUUCAUUUACUUACUUUCCCUUUCAUUUUCAUCCAGUUUCUUUCUUUCUAUUGA